AUGUACAUCCUUACCACAAUCUCCGACCUGAUCCAGAUCACCCCAGAAGACUUCGAGAAGCCGAGCAUCCACGCGCUGACCGACAACAUCAAUGCCAAAUAUGCCAACAAGAUCAUUCAAAAGAUCGGUCUCUGCAUCUGCCUGUACGACAUCCUCUCCUCCUCCGAGGGUCUCAUCGGCCACGGCACCGGCAUCGUCAAUGUGAACGUCGAAUUCCGCAUCGUCGUCUUCCGGCCCUUCAAAGGCGAGAUUCUCCAGGGCAGGAUCGAGAGCUCUAGCGAGGCUGGCAUUAACCUCACGAUGGACUUCUUCAGCGACAUAAAAGUCCCCUUCGUCGGCCUGUUCGAGGGCUCCGAGUAUCGACACAACGAAGGUUGCUUCGUCUGGACGACUGAGGAAGGUACGGAGUACUUCUUCGACAACAACGAAACCGUCCGGUUCCGCGUCGAAGCUGAGACCUGGCACGAUGCACUGCCGCAGGGGCCUACGCGUCGGGACCAGGACGUGGAAGGUGAGAAACGCGAGCCACUGUACUGUCUUGUGGGUUCCAUGCAGCAGGGCGGCCUAGGACCGUUGCUGUGGUGGGCUGGUAACGAGGAGCCGGCCGCGGAAGACGGGGCGGAUGGGGGGCGGUAG